AUGAUGAUUGGAAACCCAGUGCAUCCUGUGUAUAUAAUGGUGGACACCGGUAGUAGCUUAAGUUGGACACAAUGUGAACCUUGCAUAAAUUGUUUCCAACCAAGUUAUCCCAGAUACAAUUCACAAGCUUCCUCUUCUUACCAUAGAGUUAAUUGUGAUCACCCUCUUUGUAACUACAAUGAACCAUCCAGCGUUUUCCGAUGUGUUAAUGGCGAUUGCAUCUACAGUCAAACAUAUGGUGCUGGUCCAACUUGUUCUGGGCCAACAAAAGGUUAUCUCUCCUCGGAAUCAUUUCAUUUUAUAAAUAGAAACUAUGAUGACGAAGAAUUUGCUGUUCUCUUCGGCUGCUCGAAUGACAACGUAAAUUUCUACUUCGGUAAUCAACCAUCUAAUAGGAUUUCUGGGAUCUUGGGAUUAGACUUACAUCCUACCUCACUAGUGAGCCAAUUGCAUGAAACAAUGGGUGGUGUUUUCUCUUAUUGUAUUGUUCCUUAUGAUCAAAAUUAUCCAUUCGAUAUUCAUCCUCAUAUACUCAGGUUUGGGGAUGAUGUUCAAUUACCUGAGGGAAACAUUCUAACAACGCCCUUUAUAAGUUUUGUAGGCAGAAGUUUGUAUUAUCUUGAUCUUAUAGAUAUAAGUGUUGGAACGUAUCGCUUAUAUUUACCACCAGGUUCCUUCAAUGCUACACUUGGUCACGGUUUCAUCAUAGAUUCAGGAAAUCCAUUUACCACACUCACCACAAGUACCACGGGUGGGCUCAAUGUUUUUGAAUUGGUGACAACAACAUUUAGUCGACACUAUGAUUCUUAUAAUCUUGUGAGAGUAGUAGUACCUCCCACUAGCAAUAUAAAGUUCAAUCUUUGUUAUAUGCACAGACAAGAUUUUAGAGAUUUUCUACCAUUGACCUUCCAUUUCCAAGGAGCAGACUACGUAGUACAUAGCAGGUUUGUGCACAUUGAAUUUAAUGAAGGAUUUUUCUGUGUAGCAUUAAUGCCCAGUCCAUUCGCUUCUAUUCUAGGAGCUUAUCAUAUGCAAAAUAUGCGCAUUAUUCAUAACACACUAAUCAAUGCAAUUCAGUUUUACCAAGAAGAAUGUGCUUCUGAUCACUUUUAG